AAUUUGGGAAAACCCCCUAAUAUUAGAAGAAGUUUAAAAGUGGAUGUUUGAAGGCUGGCAAGCUUCGAUGAAAAGUGGGAGUCUGUCUUAUAUUCUACCAUGCAAUCGUCUGCCUGUGCAGCUGAUGAGUCAAGUGAGAGUUUAUACCUCCAAUGGUCAGAAAAAAGAUCUUGGAUCAGAAGAUACAAAUAGAUCAACCCCUGAAGAAACCCCGCAUAAAGUUGGAACAGGACAAGAUACGACCAAUGCAGGUCAAAAGCAGUCUUUCCUUAAAGAGCCAAUCCAAGUAAAAGUGAAAGCAGUCCUUAAAAAAAGAGAGUAUGGACCAAAAUACACACAGAAUAACUUCAUCACUGGAGUCAGAGCAAUAAAUGAGUUUUGUCUUAAAUCCAGUGAUUUAGACCAGCUGAGGAAAAUUAAACGACGAAGCCCCCAUGAUGACACUGAGACUUUCACUGUGUACCUGAGAUCGGAUGUAGAGGCAAAGUCUCUUGAAGUUUGGGGUAGUCCAGAGGCUCUUGCUAGAGAAAGAAAACGACGUAAAGAGGCAGAGAUCAAGUAUAGAGAAAAUCUAUUUAGAAACCAAAGGCUAUUGAGGGAAUACAGAGAGUUCUUUGGAAAUACUAAGCCACGCUCCAGUCCAGCAGCUAUGUUUUUCAAGGGACCAGGGAAGGUGGUAAUGGUAGCUAUUUGCAUAAAUGGGUUGAAUUUUUUCUUUAAGCUACUUGCUUGGGUUUACACGGGCUCUGCAAGUAUGUUUUCAGAAGCCAUACAUUCUUUAGCAGACACAUGUAACCAGGCAUUACUAGCUUUGGGCAUCAGUCAGUCUGCAAGGACACCUGACCCUAGUCAUCCGUAUGGUUUCACAAACAUGCGCUAUAUCGCCUCCCUGAUUAGUGGGGUAGGCAUUUUCAUGAUGGGUGCAGGACUUUCUUGGUAUCAUGGGAUCAUAGGUUUACUCCACCCUCAUCCUAUAGAAUCUCUUCUCUGGGCAUACUGCAUUUUAGCAGGGUCAUUGGUAUCUGAAGGAGCUACCCUUCUUGUUGCUAUAAAUGAAAUUCGCAGGAGUGCUCGAGCCAAGGGUCUGUCAUUUUAUCAAUAUGUUGUGCAGAGUCGUGAUCCUAGUACAAAUGUUGUGUUACUGGAGGAUGCUGCAGCAGUUCUGAGUGUGGCCGUCGCUGCUACCUGUAUGGGUCUGACUUCUCUAACAGGAAACCCGUAUUAUGACAGUGUGGGGUCUCUAGGUGUUGGAACUUUGUUAGGAACUGUGUCAGCAUUUCUAAUCUACACUAACACCGAAGCUCUCCUGGGACGAUCCAUUCAACCUGAACAACUGCAGCGACUCACCGAGUUACUGGAAAGUGAUCCUGUAGUAAGAGCAAUUCAUGAUGUUAAAGCCACAGACAUGGGAAUGAGCAAAGUGAGAUUCAAGGCAGAAGUAGACUUUGAUGGACGGGUUGUUACUCGUUCUUACCUGGAAAAACAAGACAUUGAACAGCUACUACAAGAAAUUCAACAAGUGAAAACUCUUGAAGAAUUAGAAGCCUUCAUGCUUAAGCAUGGUGAGAAUAUCAUUGACACACUGGGCGCUGAAGUAGACAGACUUGAGAAGGACCUGAAGCAACGAAAUCCUGAUGUUCGUCAUGUGGAUUUGGAGAUACUAUAGACUUGGCAGAAGAAAUCUUCAGGUUGCUACCAUUUUGGAAAGAAGUCGUAAAGGGCUGAAAAGCUUCUGAAAUUGCAGUGGCCUCAGCACCAUACCUCGCUUACUUCUGCUGAAGGCUUCCUGGACUGUUAGCACUGCUUCUGUUUCUGGAAGAGCGCUAGACUCGCAGACAAGAAUUUCCAUGACAAAAUCAAUUUAAAAAAGCUACUUGACUUAAAUUCCACAGGAGAGUCUGUCAGAGUAUAUUUACUGCAAUUCAGAGCUUAGGACUUGAGGUUUAGUUAGGCAAAAAUAGCUGCCUGAAAAUAUACAACACACUUAGUUUUUCCAUUUGUGUCCCUUUGCAGUCAGUUUGCACUUCUUUAGUUUCUUUCAAGAUAUCAUUAAAGGUUCUUGGGAGAUAUUAAGAUUAGCUAGGAAGAGUUUGUUCCAGUGGAACCUGCCAACCUUAAACUAAUUGUAAUAUUUCAACUGUGUGAUCGUUUCACAGUUUUUCUUUUCUAUGAGAUAAAUUCUUUCGAACAGGCACUGGCCUUCUCUCAAGUACCAUGACCUGGAAACUUGCUUUUUGCCACCGUUGUGAUUACCAACUGCACUUCAGAAAAAUAAGGUUUUUCUCCUCAGUGGAGUCAGCUGGAUGUGGUUAGCCAGAGUAUGUUAAGUUACUGUGAAGAAAUUACUGUGUAGAGAUUUCAGUGAACUUCCUCUGUUUAAUUUUUGUUCUUUUUUUUUCCCUACUUUGACACUUGUUCUCUUAUUUGUAAGCAACUUCAGAUGUAAUCUGGGAGAUAUUUAUGGUAGUGCUUAUUAAAAGUUACCUGGCAUUUCUGGCUUUUUAUACUUUUAAUAGGCUGUAUUGCCAGAUACGGUCUUUGCUAGAAGGUGUAAGAGAUGUAGUUGGAAGUUACAAGAGUAAAAAAUGUAUUAGAACUAUUUAUAAUUAAAAACAUGAAUACAUUUUAUUUUUAAUUUAUUUACCUCUAGACAUUAUCCAUUACCUGAAUUCUAAACCGCUUACUUUGUGUUUUUUAAGAAUUGACCUUGCUUGUUUGGGAAAGUAAAGUAAUUCUAUCAGUGGUCCUCAACAAUCCUGAGAUAAGAGCUUAUAACUCCAAAAUGUGCAAUUCUAGCACUGUAUGUAAUCAGCCUCAAGGCUUUCUGCAAUAGGCAACAAAGUUGUACUAGAUCUUUUGAGACCCAGUCUUGGUUAAUAAGGCCAUGAGUACUGGUCAUGCAAGUUGAAAUGGAAGUGAAAUAACUGCAUAUAAAUAACUCUGAGGAAAGUCCGUUAUGCACUUCAACGUAUUUCAGUAAAAUGAGAACUGUCUGACUUGCUGAAGGAAGAAAUGUUGAUAUGAAACACAAGUCUUCAAAUAUCAAUUUAAUAUUAAAUUAUAAGCAUUGCAGCAAAUAAUAAUUGUGGAGACCAAUAUGUCCAGAUUUGACUAAAAGCUUUUUAGAAUAUUUUUUUCACACUAAGUGUCACCAGGGAAUUAUGAGAAUUUAAAAUAGCAUGCCUUUUGACAACUGCAAAGCACUUUGCAUGCUGGUUACUUUGAGUAGAAAAACAUUCCAAAGUUUAGUUAGAGAUGGGACUUCACAUACAGUAAUUGUGGACGAAGGGGUCCAUUUAGUACCCUUGCCCAUAAUCCCUGUUCAGCGGUGGCUUCUAUAUAGCAUGUUAGCUCAUUAUGGCUAAUCCAAAAGAAGGUUUACUUUAUUUGGUUUUCUCCUAUUGUAGAGCUAGUGAGUAUAUUUAAGCCUGAUGAUUUGAAAUGCAGUUUAAAGGUAAUUUGGAAGUGUACUGUAUCGACUAAAUAAGGCAUGUUUUAGCACACUAUAAAUCACUUACCUUUCUCCUUGCCCUUCCAUGUAAACUUCAUCUCAGUUAUGCACUCUGCUGAUGUUUUUGUCUUAUUCAUGAAGAGCGCUGGAAUCUGAUAAUGCAUAACCUCUUUCCUUCUUCCUAGAGUAUUUAUAUGAAUUUUGAAUUUGAAUGAACACUUUAAUAAACCUGUUAUUCUAGAAAUCUUAAAAACCUGAAGAGAAGUAAAACUGGGGAAACGCUCUUACUGCGGGGAGGUUAGUGGGGACAGCUACUGUAAUGUGGGGUUUGUAUGCUGGAGCUACUGAUGAAUGAGUCGUGUUAGUGUGUACUUUGCAGGGCAGAAAUUUCACUGAGAGGUUAGUAAAUGCUAUCUCAAUACCAAAGUGUUCCCAUAUCUUGUUUAAGAGGAGGCAUGAGUUUAUAAUCUUACAGGGCAUCUGCUCCAAAAGCCUGUAAAAAUGUUUUCUUAUUCAUCAGAGAUGUAAUUCAUAUGAAUUCUGAUCUUAAUUUCCUUAUUUGAGUCAGAGGUGUGCCCAUCCACGCACCUUUUGCUUGUGUUCCAGGAUAAAAUUCAGAUCCUUGUCUCCCAGUUAUAUAACUGAUUAUAGCAUCACAAUACCUUAAAUUUAAGAAGCCAGAACUUGACUGCUUUUGGGUACAUAACAGUUGCAUAGUUUGAGGACCCAGUUCCGCCACCUGGAUGGUGAUGUACCACAAGAAGGCAGGCAGCCUGGUUUUGGCAGUACCUUGUAAGCUUACACGUCUUGCAGUUGGAUGAAAAUAUCAAUUCAUUGAGCCUCUCGGUUUGGAAAAGAAAAGUAAUUCCAAGCUGUUACAUUUUAAUAUAUAUUACAAUUUGCAGAUUGUUUUUAACAGUUUUGACAUUUUUACUGGUGUGGGUUUUUUUUCCUUAACUGUCUUUAUGAUCUAAAACUUGAGGUGAUGUGGGUCCAGUACUUACUUUACUUUUGGUUUAGUGUUUUUGGGGAAGAUGUUUACCUAAUACAUUUACAUGAUAGUAUCCUCAGAAUUAGAGAAAACUUACAAAGUGUGGAGGAGUGGAUUUCUUCUUUAUCACAGAUGCAAUGACAUAAUGUUUCCUUCAGAUUAAUUUUAAGGAAAAUGGAGUAUUUAGCUAACAAAGUUAUAUUUUAGGAUUUUUUUCAGUUAAGGUGUGGUCUUCUAAAAUAAUUUAUUUUUGUAGACUGGCCUUGCAGGUUCUGUUUUUUCAAACUGUGUUCGAAGCACUACUGCCUUUUGCUUUGUGAAAGGUGGCUUACAUGUUGUGCAAUGUCUCUUAAUUCUGUAAAACUUGCGAUGUUUGCAAAAAUUGUCCUAGUGUUCCAAUGUAUGGAGUGAUGUUAAUGUAUUUUGAGUCAAAGUUGGCUGGACACUAAUAAUGCGUGUUUACCUGUAGAAUUUGUUUUUCUAUAAAAGAUAAAAUUCUGAAGUGAUUAUCUUUCCCCCAUGAAUCAAUUUCAAGUCUAAAUUGUCUCCUUCAUGCACUGCGGAAUUCAGUAUUUGGUGUGGUCCCCCUCUGCCCCUCCACUUUCUAAAGUAUUUAUUAAGCAUAUUGUAGUAGUAAAUACUUCAGUGGGCUACUGUUGUUAUGGAGACUGUUUGCUGUGUGUUCUGGUCUAGAAGUAGCAGGGAUUUGGGGAACAGGAGAAUGUAUUUUUUUAAGGGCAAGUUGCAUCCUUUAUCCUCUGUGACUUAUACUCAAGCUGAAGGCUUUUUAGCCUCUGCUCUUCUCCUUGAAUUCUCACACAGAUUUUUUUUUUUUAAAUUUUAUUUUAAUAACUCUUACUUUUAGAGGAGGAAGCCAUUAACGUUUUUAAUAGCAGGGCUAGAUGCUGCUCUUGGUCUCUGGAUUUUGUACUGUACUUCUUGUUCAUUGAUUGUUGACAGUAGUGAUUGCUGUUUUGAAAGCUACAAAUCAGAACUACCAGAGCUUUCUGAUUCUGGCAGGUGCAGUUUUUUCAGCUGUAUCUGGACACUCAGUUUUUAUUGACAUGUUUUUACUGGCCCCUCUUUGAUAAGGGGGGAGUAUGGGGCAGAGUUCUAGGUAUGUUUUGUCUAGGUGAUGCACUAAUUGCAAUUCUGUCUUCUCCUUGUUGUUAUCAUUUUAGCUGACUUGUCUUUUUUCCGUAACAAAGAAAAAAUUACGCAUUAUGGAAGUACCUCUGCUAAUGAUGAGUGCAUCAAAUACAGGCUUCCUGCAAAGAGUUCUUAGGCUUUUGUGUAUUGAAAGCAUGGCAAUUUUUGAAAAUUCUCAAUUAAGUAAUCCUUUUUCUAAAGUUGAUUUAGAUGUGUUUCUUACAAAGGAAUCCACAGAAGCAUAUUGUUUAAGAUUUGAAAGAGAAGUAUUUCAUUUUAUGGUCAUACGUUCUUAAAGCAUUUUGUCUUGGUAGAAAAGAACAAUUGAUUAAUAUUGACUGCUUCUAUUCUUAUUGUCAGCUCUGAAUAGAGAGUACAACUAACAUCUCUUUUGCAGUUUACCUGCUUAAUGUAAAUGAGAAGUAGAGGUGUACCAAAAAGGUAUUUUUUCUUGUAGAGGGGUUGCAUAGCUUAAAUAAGUAAUUUUUCUUUUCUUCUUAGUGAGACGCAAAUAAUUAAGAUCAAAAGUAGACUAUUUCUUUAUUACACAUAAAAAGAAAGAGGAAUCCAGGCUUUAAGCACAAUAGUCAGAUUUUUGAAAUGCAUGUCCUUUGAGGAAAAUAAAAUGGGCCAGGAGCUCUAAGUGGUUGUAUGGACUAUAGAAACUGCAGUCAAUCAGGCUUUGCUGAAGCAAAAGAAAAGAAACUAUAAAAAAGUGUGUGGUAAAAAGAAAAGACAAGGAAGGAAAAAAAAAACUAAGGUGUUGAGCACUUGGGAAUAGGAAAAGAUUAAUGUAAUCUAAAAAAUGUGGCCAGAAAUAAGAAAUGAUGAUCGGAGAGGAAAAGAACAGUAAGAAAUUAUAUUUAGUUAGAAUGCAUAAAACCAUAUAGUGUGACAUUCUCUUUCUUUUAGCAAUAGUCAGAUAGUUGGGUGAUUCCUCCCUCCCGCUCCCAGCAAAAACUUUUUUUUUUUUUCUUUUCCUGUAAUGAAAAUCAGUGCCUCCAUUUAACUGUUCCCUAAUAUGGUACUCAGUCCUGCAGGUAUAAACCUAUUUGCUCUCUGAAAACUUAGUCUUAUUGGGUGGUGCUGGAAUCUCAGUCUGGAGCUUUGUUGGUGAGGUAUGUAUUUGGUGAGUGGAGGGCAAGUAAUUUCAAUUGUGGAAGCGGGAACUGGAGUGAAUUAAAGAUAAAAGGAAUUGAUUCUUUCAGCCAGAAAAUGAUGGAAGCACCAUACUGAAGAUUUUAGGGGGGGAAGGUGCAGUGUUCUAAGAUCUACAGAAUUCUUGCAAUGGACUGUAAUCUUCGGUGAAUAUGUUUGACCAUAUUUUUCAAGUUGCUUAAAUGUCUGUGGAUAAGCAAGAUUUCUAGUUAAAUCAUCACAUUCUGAAAAGGAGUUAAAGAAAACGUUCAAAACGUAAUGUGAGAAGGGUGUACAUUUCUUAAAUACCACAGACAGAGACAUCAUAAUAUUCUAAUAGAUUGGCAGAAAAUUGUCAUUCUAUCCUGUAUUACGUGAGGCUGCUGAGGACAACUUCUUUUUUUCUGUGUAAAUCAAAGCCAGCAAUUAAAAUAAAAGGUCUUGGUUACUUUUUGUGUUACAGUAACAGUAAUUUGACCAGUAAGCCUGGUCAAAUUUUUGUAUUGUCAGCAUUCAUAGUGCUGUUAUGGGGAGAACGUGUUUGUUAAAAUAGUGGAAUACAGUUCCACACUCUAGGAUAUGUUUUGAUUUUUUUGUAACCUAAAUUUAGACUGUAUUUAAAACUUUUUGAGGUUGUGAUAAGCUGCUUCAAGUCUGAAGACAGAAGGAAAAAAAAUGCAAUGUUGUAUAAAUGAUGUAUAAAGGGUUUUUUUUGUAAGUUUAUCUUCAAAUGAAAGACACUAAAGAAUGUCUGUGUGAGAAGAAGCAUUUGAAAAAUGCCUAAAGCAUUUGGAAAACAUUUUGGCUACUGCCAAAACUGUAUUAAAUCUGAAAGUCAACGGUGAGGAUUUUCACUGGUGAAACCAGUGAAAGCACUUUCAAAGGGCAAUCUCAAAGUUGAAACAUGAUUUUCCACACAGCCUUUUAAUCAAAUGUAUUCUACCUCCCUCCCCCACCCCACCCCACCCCCAUGCUUUUUGCUGUAUUGGCUUUUUCAUUCUGUGUCUUGGUUACUUCAUAUUAGUAUGGGGAAGUCCUUUUGAUUUGUGAGGUGUAGACAUUGAACAUUUCUCUGCAUAUGUU